AUGGGAAACUCCAAAUCCCACAUGGGUUAUGAAACUAACGGUGUAAUCUCCACCGACAGGGAAAGAACACUAACUACACCUAUAUAUAUAAUCCAAAACCAAGAAAAUUCCUCACACAAUACUCAGUGGUUUCAGUCCGCUUUCAAGAUGAGUGCUAGAAGAAUUGAAGUCAACCUAAAUUCUUCUAUAAGCAAGUUCCUCAAUCCCACGCAGCCUCCCAUUUUGUUUCUCGAGCUUCGCUUCCACUUCAAUUACCGAAAAUUGCUCAGAAACCUUGCAGGAGAACUGAUCGAGAUGGAGGCCUAUCCAACUACUCCAACCUCCUUUUUUCCCUUCCAGAUUCAACCUCUUCGCCUACUUGAUCUGCCACUCUGCCGAAGCCAUCUUGAUGACCUGUUUUCUUGCUUCGUUUUUGACUACCAAUUACGCGAAUUCUUGACUUAUCGCAUUGCAAACUUCCUCAUCUUUUUGGCCAAUAGGUACCCUUUCUUGGGGUUUCCUGUGGUGGCCGACGUAAAUAUUAUCCAUGAAGACUUGCUUGAUGCAAAUCCCAUUGAUUUGACGAUGAUAAUGGACGAAGUGAGCCAAGAAGUGAUUCCCAGAAGUGCAUCGAGUUCCGUGUUGAACAAGUUGAGGAAGUGGAGGUUUUUCGCUGAGAAGGAGGGCGGUGACUGUGCGAUUUGUUUAGAGGAAUUAUCUAGAGCCAGAUUCCCACUCACGAAGAUGCCGUGCUCUCAUAUAUUUCAUGAACGAUGCAUCUCUCGCUGGUUGAAGGCUCGGAAUUCGUGCCCCACUUGUCGACGGGAACUUGAGGAUUGA